AUGCCAGUAGUAACAAGAAGUCGUCGAAUUAGAUCCUCUAAUCAAACACACGGGCAGGGCGCCUCGCAACAUGCCCCGCUUCCUCCAAAGAAGAAACAUUCUUCUCCAACCAAGACCAGAGUCGAAAAGCAAGACCACCCUCGUGUAAUACCUCAGCCCUCAGGACUCAGCUUGACCCUCCAACCUGCCAAGUACGGUCUAAUCCAAGAACGAAUCUGUGAUAGUCUAUAUGCUUUGGUAGUCCAGGCCAUUCUAUGGAACCAAACCCGUGGUCAAAUGGCCCGACCGGUGUUGUUCGAGCUGCUCUCAGCCUAUCCAUCUCCAAAGGAACUAUCUGCAGCGCCGCUCCACGACCUAAUCAACAUGCUACAACCCAUAGGCCUGCAUAGAAUCCGGGCCAUGCGGCUUAUAGCCCUAGCAGACGCCUGGCUUGCUGCGCCUCCAUGCAGACAGCGAAGAUACCGGAGGUUGCACUACCCAGACCGUGGAUGUGGGACAAAUGUCAGGCCCGGAGAGGUAUUAGGACCCGACGACGAACGGGAGGGCUGGGAAAUUGCUCAUCUGCCGGGCAUGGGUGCAUAUGCACUUGAUAGCUACCGUAUCUUUUAUCGGGAUAGACUACGCGGUACGGAAGGCGUGGUUGGGAUUGAACCAGAAUGGAAAAGGGUAGUGCCAACAGACAAGGAACUCAAGCCGUACUUGAAGUGGCGAUGGGAGCAGGAGGGACAGAAACCCCUCACCUCGUUUCAAGCCUAG